AUGCUUAUAUAUAAUAGUCAAAAGGACAAUAUUUCAGAAGACAAUUACUUGAUUGUACACGUGAGAGAGGCUUUUAAAAAAAAAAUCGCAAUCAAACGCAACGAAGAAUUGCAUUGUUUGUUCCUGAAUUUUGAAUUUGCUCCAGCUAUUAUACGGUCUACACCAGAAAAAACAAGUGAAAUUAAAGAGUAA